GCCUCUAAACUUUUCCAUCUCUAACUGCCACUGGUUUUGCUGCUAUACUUUUCAAUUUUUUUCUUGAAGAGAAGAUCAAGUGAGAUCAAAUGGAGGGGAGUGCCAAAAAAAGACGCAUCUGUGAAAAUGAUGGAACAGCAGGAGGCGCUUCUUCUACUCACACUUCAACAGAAGGUCAAGGAAUGGAUACUUCGUCAGGAUAUGACUAUGAAGUAUUCUUGAGCUUUAGAGGACCAGAUACUCGAGCAGGUUUUACCGACUUCCUUUACACUAGUCUUAAAGAUGCAGGAAUCCGUGCGUUUAAGGAUGACGAAGAUCUCCGCAAGGGGGAAGAGUUUGCCCCAGAACUUCUCCAAGCAAUUAAUCAGUCGAAGAUCUCAAUACCUAUCUUUUCGAAAGGUUAUGCCUCUAGUGUAUGGUGUCUCAAGGAGGUAGUCCAGAUGGUCCAAUGCCAGAAAAAGAGUGGACAAAAGAUCAUGCCCAUUUUCUAUGAUGUGGCACCUUCAGAGGUUCGAUACCAAACAGAGGGUUAUGCAAAGGCCUUUCUUGCACAUGAAAACAAGAAGCGACACGACGAAAAGACUAUGCAAGAGUGGAAGGAUGCUCUCAGUGCAGUUGGGGCAAUAAACGGAUGGGACCUGCAUAGCGAGAAGAACAGGCGAGAAGGCGAGUUUGCAAAACUCACCAAGGGAGGUUUUCAAAGAAUUGAAAAGGCUUAUUUGGUGGUAUCAGAUUGCUUGGUCAGUGUUGACAACCAUGUGGAUGCAAUCAUGGAAAUGAUUGGUGCUGAGACAAGUGAAACACGGAUUAUAGGAAUCCAUGGAAUGGGUGGCAUCGGAAAGACGACUAUUGCCAAAAUCAUCUACAAUCAGCUUUCAAAAAAUUUUGAGGGUUGUUGCUUCCUUUCUAACGUCCGUGAAACGUCAAAACUUCGAGGCAUUCACCGCUUGCAACAUCAGCUCAUCUUUGACAUCCUCAACACGAAAUGGGCAGAUAUAAGAAAUAUUGAUGAAGGGAUUAAGACCAUUAAAGACAGGUUGUCUAAUAAAAGAGUCCUCCUUCUUCUCGAUGAUGUGGAAGAAAAGGAUCAUAUGAAUGCACUUGUAGGAAAACGUGAUUGGUUUGGUAGAGGGAGCAAACUCAUUAUUACUACAAGAAAGAAGGAUGUUCUCAUUGUUCCGGAAGUGGACUGCACUUAUGAGGUCAAUGGCAUGGAUGACUAUCAAUCUCUUGAGCUCUUUAGCAAACAUGCUUUCAGAAGAGACUCUCCUUUGAUUGAGUAUAUUGACCAAUCCAAGAGGGCAAUAGACAUUGCUAGAGGUCUUCCGCUAGCUCUUGAGGUCAUAGGUUCACUUUUAUCUCGCACUGAAAAGAAAAGGUGGGAUGACAUAUUGGAGAAGUUGGAAAAUAUUCCUCCCUUGGAAGUUCAGAGUAAGCUAAAAAUAAGUUUUGAUGCGUUAGAAGUUCAACAACAGCAUAUGUUCCUCGAUAUAGCUUGCCUUUUCAUUGGAUAUGACAAAGACAUUGUGGUUUAUUUUGGGAAAAAUCUAAAUUUUUUCCGAAAGAAACUAUAGAAGUUUUGCAGAACAUGUCUUUGAUAAAGAUUGUAGAGUAUAAUAAAGUGUGGAUGCAUGACCAACUCAGAGACCUCGGAAGAGAAU